CGUGACGUCACAUUGUGCGUCUGCAGAUAUGACGGAUGUGUAUGAAGGGUUGUUGUUGUGUGUAUAAUCCGUGCAGGAGCCCGGGAUCUUACAGUGUCCGAGUAAAUCACUGAUAACUAAUAUGAAGAACACGUACAAGGUGCGAAUGGCGGAACAGUUCCUGAAUCACGCUCUGGGGAUCGUCCACCUACUGACCGGGGAGGAAUAUAUUAUUAUGAAGAAACAUCCCCCCCACCACAGCAUUCACGGGCUGAGCGGAGAGGUCCCAAUAAAGAGCGGUGACAUUGCUAUAAAUUUCUCUAUGGAGGAGUGGGACUAUAUAGAGGGGCACAAGGAAUUAUAUAAGGAUGUUAUGGUGGAAGAAAAGAAAACGCCAAAGUCUUUGGAAAUAUCUGUACAGGACAGCCCAGGUGAAACUGGAGAUAAUGCAGAUUCAGAGGAAUCCCAUGAGGAUGAGAAUGAUGAGAUACCUGUAACACCGAUUCCAGCAAGUCAACAUAAAGAUGAUUUAAAUAUUGUAAUAAAAUUAGAAGAAGAAGGCGAGAGAGAUGAAAACGAUGUUCAUCUGGUAGACGCCACUUCAGACACUAGUGGAGGUGAACAUGAACAAGAAUCAGAAGUGGAUAUAAAACAUGAGGAAGGAGAGGAAGAGGAGGAUGAAAUUUAUAUUCACCAGGUGGAUAGUAUUUCAGACACUUCUGCUGAUGACUCAAUGAGCUGGAAUGUUGAACAAAGCCAUGAAAAUCCCUUAAACUGUAGCUACAAUAAUGAUGCCAUAUCAUCACAAAUUCAUAAAAAUGAAAAGAAAUAUGAGAAUGAGUGUAAUUUGCCAGAACAACAACCGCUUCACUCCAUAUUGAAUACAUUUGAUUGUGAACAUGGCAGGUAUAUGACCAAAGACAUGCUUUUUGGUAGCCAUCAGCUUUUGCAGGCAAGGAAUAAACCACUAGCGUCUUCACCAUGUGGAAAAAUCUUUGAUCAUACGAUUAAUCCAUAUCACAUAAGUCACGCAGCCGAAAACAAGUUUUUGUUUGAAAAUGAGACUAAACAAGACCUAUGUAACAUCAGAACAGGAGAGAAAGCAUUUUCAUGUUCGGAAUGUGGGAAAUGUUUUACGCUAGAAUCAGAAUUAAAUAGACAUAGAAGGACUCAUACCGGAGAGCGGCCGUUUUCAUGUUCUGAAUGUGAGAAAUGUUUUACGCUGCAGUCGGACCUUAAUAGACAUCGGAGAAUUCAUACGGGUGAAAAACCGUUUUUAUGUUCUGAAUGUGGGAAAUGUUUUACCCGACAAUACAAUCUUUUUGCACAUCAGAAGGCUCACCAAGAUGAGAAACCGUUUUCAUGUUCAGAGUGCGGGAAAUGUUUUUCGCGACAGUCGGACCUUAUUACACAUCAGAAAAUGCACAAAGGAGAGAAACUGGUUUCGUGUCCUGAAUGCGAAAGACUUUUUACUUUACAGUCGGAUCUUGCGAGACAUCGCCGAAUUCAUACAGGAGAGAAACCUUUUUCAUGUUCCCAGUGCGGCAAAGGUUUUGCUCUAAAAUCUAACCUUAUUACGCAUGAGAGGAUUCAUAGUGGAGAAAAACCUUUUUCAUGUUCUAAAUGUGGCAAAUCUUUUAAUCAGAAGUCAAACCUUAAUAAGCAUCAGAAAAUUCAUCCAGAAAACUAAUUUUAUGCUACAAAAAACUAAUGUAUUCUAGAUUUCAAACCGUGUAGGGAAGAUAAUGCUUGAGGUACACAAUGAGAGAAAAAUAAAAAUUUUUUUUACCAGUCUUGGACUAGUAAGAAAUUAUGUCCCCCCCCCCCCCACGUAUUAGAUCCCUUUGUGGCGGCCAACGUUCCUUGUAUGUUUUAUGUCCAGGACUUAAUCAGCGCAAGUCUUUCCAACAGGCAGUAAGACAUGCAGAAAUAGUGCGGUCUUUCAGCUCUUAGCAAGACCCUUGUUUCUACAGCCCUGAGAGCAAUGCGGACAGCGAACAUAUCACAAAGGGGUUAGCAUUGAGUAAUGUAAUAAUUUUUCUUUCCUGUUUUAUUUUCCAUCCCUGUGUAUGUUUAACAUAUAAAUAAAUAUAUAUAAAUAAAAGGUCCACAGUAUACCAAACCUGGCUACGGAUAGAUGGCAAUACUGAAAUGAAGCAGGCAACAUGGGAUGCAAUGCAAAUAAUCCCCUAAAUCCAAAAGGUGCAUAAACAAAAACAGGGCCUUAACCCGUGUAUCCAACCAGAACCCCCUUAUAUACCCCACCUAAUUACAAAAAUGUGAAAAUCUAACAAAUGAAAAACAAAUACUGACAGCGCAACCGCGCCAGUCGAUGACAUCAUAGCAACGGCCCAGCGUAUCACAGCGGACCCCAUACAUAUUGGUGCCACCUAACAACAUGAAAACAUGCUGA